CCUCCUUCCCCGCGAAGAGCUUCAAACCUUGUGUUUAGAUUUCAACAUUAUCGUCAUCUACAUUAUCCAGGUUACUGACAUGAAUUCUAUAUUUACCUCCGCAGCCAUUUAACUAUCAUCUUCCAAUUUUGAAGAAAUUUCAGUUUACCAGCAGCACCCUGACCCACAAUGGAGGUGGAGGGGUUCGGUGACCUGCUUCAGCAGGCAGAACAGCUGACUGCUGACAUGGACAGUGGAACUGACCUGCCUCACGUUGAGCGGAACCUACAUCAGAUUCUAGAGGCUGGACAGAGACUGCUCACGAAGACAGCCCCUGUCAGUCAGGAUGCAUCUGAUGUUAAGGCGUCAAUUCUACUGGGGUCAAAAGGCUAUGCUGUACCAAAGAUUGCAGAGAGACUUGAGGGUCUCAAGGCCACCACAACAUUUGAGCCACUGGAGCCUGUCGCUGACACAGAUAUUCAGGGAUUCCUCAGGAAUGAGAGGGAAAAUGCCUUCUUAGCUGUCAUCGAACAAACAAGAAAACAUACAUUUGAAGAAGCAGAGCGGCGCCAGUGGGAAUGUAUGGAAAAUGAGUGGGAGCGAGAGAAACAGAAAAUUCUCAACACGCUGCUCAGUUCAAGUCAAGAUGGCUUGGAGCUACAGCAGGAGACAGAGUCAUUCAUCGGCGACACAAUAUACACUCAAGGGAGAAGCAGCUUGGAUCAUGUGGAGAUGGCCUAUGCCAGACAGGUGUUCAUGUACAAUGAGCAAGUCAUUGAGGGUAGUAUACGCCCCAGCUUGGUGGACAUGUUUGUAGAAGUAGCCAAGAAAAUUGAUGACAAGAGUGUCUGUGACCUAUGGGACAUGGUGCAGUGUAUGGUGGAGGUCCCUCUCAGUCUCCCAGUAGGGACCAGUCCGGCGGCCAUGAGGCAGGACAAGCGCAUGCAGAUGGCCUUUCUUAACAAGGCGCGGCAGUAUCUAGAACAGACUUAUGUGAAGUACAUCAAUACAAUGAUCUACGUGAACCUGCAACAAGCCCAGCUGGGUGGAGUCCCUGGUACACUCAACCUGGUGAAAAGCUACCUGAAAGUCAGGCCCCCUGUGACAGUGCGGGGAUCAGAGGAGGGCCUGAUGGAUGGUCUGCCAGUGUGGGCACUAAUCUACUACUGUCUUCGCUGUGGAGAUCUAAAGGCUGCUCAGCAAGUUGUGGAAAAAGCUUCACAUCAGCUAGAUGACUUCCCAGGAUUCUUUAGGGAAUAUGUCAACAGUUCCGACCACAGAUUGAGUCCCGGCAGUGACACUAAAAUCAAGCUGCAGUAUCGACGUAUUGUAAAGAACAGCACAGACUCAUACAAAAGGGCAGUGUACUGUGUGGUAGGACAGUGUGACUUCAGUGAAGAUCAUGCAGAGAUCUCAGACAAGAUAGAUGACUACCUGUGGCUCAAGUUGUGUCAGAUCCAGUUUGAACCAGAUGAGACUGGGCAGGAGCAGUUUACUUUGCAGAAGUUGCAGACACUAUUGUAUAAAGAUUAUGGUGAGAGUCACUUUAACGGCUACAGUCAACCAUUUCUGUACUUCCAAGUGCUGUGUUUGACAGCACAGUUUGAAGCUGCCAUUGAGUUCCUGUCCCGGAUUGAGAGGCUGCGAUGUCAUGCUGUUCAUGUGGCACUUGUCCUGUAUGAGCUGAAGCUCCUAGCACUGCCAGUGAACUGUCAGGCACAGCUGUUAUCCAGUCACUCCAGUGACACAUCCCCGAUGAUGAGGCUGAAUCUGGCUCGACUCAUCAUGAUGUACACACGCAAGUUCGAAGCUACUGAUGCACGGGAAGCCUUGCAGUACUUCUACUUCCUUAGAGAUUUACGUACCAGCAGUGAUGACAACUUGUUCAUGUCUUGUGUCAGUGAGCUGGUUCUCGAAACAAGAGAGUUUGAAAUGCUCCUGGGAAAACUCGAAAGAGAUGGCACUAGGAAACCUGGUGCUAUUGACAAGUUCAACAGAGACACACAGAAGAUAAUAGAGCUGGUUGCCAAGGAUACAGAAUCAAAAGGACUCUUUGAAGAUGCUGUGAUGUUGUUUGAUUUAGCAAAGAACCAUGAGAAGACGCUGACCUUGCUAAACAAGCUGCUGAGUCAGGUGAUCUCCCAGCCAGGGGCGCCACAGUCCAACAGAGACAGGCUGAAAAACAUGGCUCUUGGGAUUGCUCAGAGGUAUAGGACACUUGGUUAUGAGGGCACACAGGCCACAUCCAACACCUUCUACCUUCUGCUUGACUUGAUCACCUUCUUCGACCUGUACCAUGUCGGUAGUAUGGACCAAGGUUUAGAGGUUGUGAAACAGCUCAAGUUGCUUCCACUGACUGCGGAGGAAGUAGAACACAGGGUCAACUCUUUCCGUCACUUCACAGAUGAGGUGCGACGGUGUUUGCCAGACAUCCUCCUGGCUGUGAUGAACAUCCUCCACAACAAGUACAAGAACCUCAGAAAUGCUGGUAUCCAAAGUCCAACACCAGGACAGAGAGGACGACUGGAUGAUGGAGGAAAAGACACGUAUUUGAACUACUUGAGGAGUCAAGCAAGAGCACUGAUCAUGUUUGCUGGGAUGCUGCCAUACCGGUUGCCGGGGGAUACCAACUCUAGACUUGUACAGAUUGAAGUGCUCAUGAACUGAUACUGUUAAAUUGAUCCUCAUAAAUCAACAGAGAAGUCAACUAUGAGUCACUAUGGAACCAUGAGAAUAGAAUCACUAACUCACUGUCCGGGAUAAAUUUCAUCUUCUUCAUUUGUGUGUUUUGAUUGGAGAAAAAGAAUACAUGGAAAUUAUGUUUAAAUUUGUAUAAUAUUUUCAUAUGUUUUGUUUCAUGGUUUUAGGUACUCCCUUUGUUUGUUAUGUUUUA